UUUGUGACGAUGGCGUCAGAAUUGGAUACUGGAGUGUCCACUGCCAAUUUGAGGUCGCACAAUCCAAAGCAAGGUUUGAUCGCUGAAGGCGCCAAAGCGUUCUCCGUAUUCUUCGAAGACUGCCGCAAUGCUUUUCAACAAGACUAUAGCGGCAGGCCACGCAAACGUGCAAGAGUCGAGUCCGCAGAUAACUCCGAGCCAUCACAUCGUUCUCUCGAAUCAGGUAUCACAAUUGCUCGCCUUAACAUCAACCUACGACCAUCUUCAGACACGACCAAGCACAGCAAUUCAUCAACUCUGCUGGAGGAUGAGAUCGAAGUCGGGCUUGUCGAUGCCUGGGACCUGGCUACUUCACAGCCUUAUCUCUCGCUAGUUGGGCACACAAGCUACAAGAAGAGCCCCUUAUUGAGAGUCCAGACUACGUCAUCCAUCUCAUCAACCACAGCCAAUUUGCUCUCACGCAUAGCGAACCUCGAGAAGCGAGCCAGACGCAAUGUCAGACCAGGCGUGUGUCGAUCUACUUGCCUUCUGCAUCGCUCAGCUGGCCUCUCCGGUCCUGUUUACACAUUAGAAUGCAGCAUCACAUGGUUUGAUGGUGAAUCGGCCUUUGGACCUCUAGCAACCAAGAAAGAAGAUUGGGCCACUCUUACCCAGUUUUUUCCGGAGCCUCAAGGCACUCAAGCAAAGUCUUGGACGCCACAAGAGUUCUACGCUAGUGUACACUCUCCAUCAAACGAUGCGCACGUACCCGAGCAGGUCGAACACAAGGUCCUCGAAACCGAUCUAUACCCCUUCCAGAAACGCGCCGUCGCAUGGAUGCUUGACCGAGAAACCCCAUGUUACGACCAGUCUCAAAAACGGCUGUCCUACUUACCAGUCAUUGAUGCAAACGGCCAGCCUUGUUUUGUCAGCCAUAUGGAAGGUAUCGUGUGCUCUCCGUCACAUUAUGGCACAUACCAAGAACCAAAAGGGGCUAUCUUAGCUGACGAGAUGGGUCUGGGCAAAACGGUGGAAAUCAUCGCGCUGAUAUGCCUCAAUAGACGAGACUCUGCUGAGAUGCAUACUGCACUGGCAGAGGCUCCUGAGCUCAUUAAGUCUCGAGCGACACUUAUCGUCACACCACAGACUAUUUUGCAACAAUGGAUAGACGAGUUGGCUCGACAUGCUCCUCAUCUCUCUGUUACGCACUACAAAGGUAUUUCUAAAGCUGAGUCGUCCAAGGAAGGAGCCCAGUCGAUUGUCGCGGAUUUGGCGCAGCGAGAUGUCGUUAUCACGACAUACGCUGUAUUGUCUCGCGAGGUUCAUUUCGCUGUCGACCCCCCUGAGCGUUCACUGCGAACUCGAGAGCGAAAGCGCAAUCGACUUCGCAGCCCUCUGGUACAGAUGCACUGGUGGAGAGUCUGCCUGGACGAGGCACAAAUGGUCGAAUCGGGUGUCAGUGCAGCAGCUCAAGUAGCCUCUCUCCUGCCGCGUGAGAAUGCUUGGGCGAUAUCUGGUACACCUCUCAAGAAGGACGUUCAGGAUCUGUUCGGACUUCUGGUGUUCCUCAAGUAUCAACCAUUCUGCGAUUCCUCCGCGAUUUGGAAUCGUCUGAUACACCAAUACGGAGAUUUGUUCAAGUCGUUGUUUGGUCGCAUCACGCUACGUCACACUAAAGAUCAAGUACGGCACGAACUUCGGUUGCCUCCUCAGAGAAGGGUUGUCUUGACUAUGCCAUUUACCCAAAUCGAGGAACAAAAUUACAAGACGUUAUUUGAGACGAUGUGUGAAGAAUGUGGAUGUCGCUCUGAUGGAUCCCCUUUCACGGAUAAUUGGGAUCCGGGAUCGCCUGUAUUGUUGCAAAGGAUGCGAACUUGGCUCUGUCAGCUACGUCAAACUUGCCUGCAUCCACAAGUCGGUGGCAGGAACAGAAGAGCACUUGGACGUGGUCAAGGUCCGUUGCGCACUGUGGCUGAAGUUUUGGAGGUCAUGAUCGAUCAAAACGAAACGUCGAUUCGUACAGAAUCUCGUCUUCUUAUCAAUACCCAGCUUCUUCGUGGCCACAUCAUUGGCAACGCAAAGGAUGAUGACCACAGAGCUGAGAAGGCUUUGCAAAUCUACAGAUCUGCACUCGAGGCGUCGGAAAGAAUUGUCGCAGAGUGUAGGACCGACGUUGCUAGGGCAGCUGCUCGGCUGAAUGACCUCGAAAGGAAACACGUCGAUUCCGAUGACGAAAAAACGACAGAGGAUCUUGCUGAGGGACGGUGCAGAGUUGCUCUGUACUCUGCUUUGCAAUUGAAGCAUGCGUGUGCCUUCUUCAUCGGCACCUCGUACUUCCAGAUGAAGUCAAACGACAAUAUCACCGAGCCAGACUCGGACAGGUUUCGAGGACUGGAGGAACAAGAGUCACUCUUCUAUGACUCUGCCAAGCUGACCCGCAAAGAAAUCUUGAAUGAAGAUUCCUCAAAGGCUGAGAAGCUUAUGCAUAAGGUAGAGCAAGAGAAAGAGGUUGUUCUCGAGCGAUCCAGACUGGCAACCAUAGAGAGCCCUGGGGGCGUCGAGAAUGUCAAGAUAGUAACUCGUGAUCUUGCCAGAAUCAUGAAUGCACAAGCAAAAGUCAUUGAUGAGUGGAGAGAAAAGGUUACCGAGCUUUUGCUCAAGCCUCUGGUCGACAAGGACGAGGAUAACGUCGAGACUACCGGUGACGAAUACGAAGACUCGACGAAAUCCCAAGAUACAUUAAACGCGUAUCUGGAUGCUCUGAGAGCCAUGGUUGCCGAUCGCUCGACUUGUAUCACUGGACAGAGUGCGCCACUCGUUGAUGCGGAGAUGCGUUCUCUGGCUCAGAUGGCUAGAUUGGGUAAUGGACACGCACCAGAGCUUAUACUCGAGUUACUCACGGAACGUGAGCGUUUGAAACAGAGGCCUGACGACUUGUUGUCUUUGCGUGGCUUGGUGCACGAGAUCCGUGGUAUCGAAACUGCUCUCGACUGGCAAGAUGGAAACACACGUGCUGGUGCUGAGCUUCAGAUCAUUCGUGGCCAGGCAAAACAACUCGGCCUCAUCGCACUUGCAGCUUUGAAGACCAAGAAUCGCUUCCUACUUCAUCUGCGGGAAGAAAGCACCAAUUCGCAAGAAACACAAAGAAUCUGUGUUAUUUGUCAAGGCUCUUUCGAGCAGGGUGUUCUCACCGUUUGUGGCCAUCAAUACUGCAAAGAAUGCAUCAAUCAUUGGUGGAGUUCCCAUCGCACCUGCCCGGUGUGUAAGCGCCAUCUGGUGCUCGCAGACUUUCAUCAGAUUACAUACAAACCGCAGGAGCUGCUUGCACAAGAGGAACAGUCCGAACCAUCUUCGCCGAGCCAGGGCUCUAGUAAAAGUGCGACUCCGGGAUCUGCUCUGUAUGCCGACAUCAAUAGCGACACGCUUGCACAGAUCAAAUCCAUUGAUCUAAAUGGAUCGUUCGGCACAAAGAUAGAUACUCUCGCUCGACACAUUCUCUGGAUUCGCCAGCAUGACCCUGGUGCGAAAGCAAUCGUUUUCAGUCAGUUCAGGGAGUUUCUCGAUGUUCUCAGCACCGCUUUCAAGCAAUUUGGUAUCGGCUAUUCACGUAUGGGCAAGCCCGGUGCCAUUGAUCGAUUCCGAAGUGAUGCUGGUAUCGAGUGCUUCCUCCUAGAUGCGAAGACCGAUUCGUCAGGUCUCAAUCUUGUCAACGCGCAAUACGUGUUUCUGGCUGAACCGCUCAUCAACACGGCAAUCGAACUCCAAGCCAUCGCUCGCGUGCACAGAAUCGGUCAACAGCGACCCACCACAGUAUACAUGUACCUAAUCGGCGACACUGUCGAAGAAGCCAUCUACGAAAUCUCAGUCGCCAGACGUCUGGCACACAUGCAAAAAGCCAACAAAAAGGAACCCCGACGUUCAAAAUCCUCCACUCCUGCAUUGGGUGAAGCCGCCAUUGAUGCUGCCAACUCGCUUGAAUUGCAACAGGCACCCAUCUCGAAACUUUUGGUGCAGGGAAAGGGCGACGGUGAAGUUGUGCCCAAUGAUGAUCUGUGGAGUUGUCUUUUCGGGCGUGCUGCGAAGAGUCAGAGGCAGCAGCAACAACCUGUUGUUUCUGCCGAGUUGGAGGCGGAGGUCGGAAGGCACUUGCGUGGGGAAGCUGCUGAGAACAGACGUUCCUGA